CUCUCUCUCCCCCUUUUCCUCUUCAUAUUUAUGAAUUUAAAUGCUAAAGGUUCAUCAAUAACCACCUGCUAUAAACUUUCAAAUUUCAGUCUUGAUAUUUUUUCUUCUUUUCUCAUAGACUUACAGCUUUAUUCUCUCCACAAUCCUAAGUCGAACACCAAUUAGAAAUGCUUCGUAGUUGAAUAUUCAUCAAAACUGUUUGAUAUUUUAAACUUAUCAAAUAAAGGAUGGGAAACGGAAUUGGAAAGUUGAAGCAGUGUUUUGCAGGAGAUGUUGGAGAAAUCUCCAAACGACGCCAUGAUAUUGGUGUAGACCUCUCUGAUACACUUGACAAAGGAUUAGGCCAUUCUUUUUGCUACAUCUUGCAUGAUUCAUCAUCCAAAAAUCACCCUUUUUCAGAAGACUCCUCUUCUUCUACCACUACCACUAUCUCCAGUGCCAGCAGCAGCAGCCAAACGACGGCGUUUCGUACCAUCUCUGGCGCCUCUAUCUCCGCCAACACCUCCACGCCCCUCUCCACUGCCCUCGUCGACUUUUGUCCUUCCAAUACUUACGUUGAGAAGUCUUCAGCUUUUGAAAGCUCUCAGUGGUUUUCUUCUUUCCCUCUUCAGCCAAUUCUCCGGAGAUCAAUCCCCUCUGUUUGUUCGGGCCCGAUUCCCCGACUUUCUACCUCGGGCUCAGGCCCAAUCGAGAGGGGAUUUCUCUCCGGUCCAAUGGAGCGGAGCUUCAAUUCCGGUCCAUUGGACAAUCAGUACGAUCAGCUCCAAAGGUACAAACCUGAGUCUAGUAAGUGGCAUUUGGUUAGGAAUUUAAAGAAAGUUUUAUCAAGCUCACUUUUGGGGUUCCAAGAAAUGAAUUUAGCAGAGGAAAAAAACGACAUUAAUGGUCAAGUUGGUAACAAUUUGAGUAGUGAAAACAGUUUGGCUGAUGAAGAUGAGGAAAAUAAAUUAUUUAGAAGUCAAAAUGUGCAGUGGGCUCAGGGGAAAGCAGGGGAAGACAGAGUACAUGUAGUGAUUUCUGAGGAACAUGGUUGGGUUUUUGUUGGAAUUUAUGAUGGAUUUAAUGGACCUGAUGCCACUGAUUUUCUACUGAAAAAUCUUUAUUCAAAUGUGUUCAAGGAACUCAAGGGAUUGCUUUGGAAUGACAAGUUAGAAACCUCCGAAAAAUUCAUGUGUAACGAGACAGUUAUCGUUCAGAAUCAAGAAUUAGAUCAAUUGAGCAAUUCAGGAUCUGAUACAGUUGCUAGUAUUAACCAUUUGGAUGUUUUGAAAGCGUUAUCAGAGGCGCUGAGGAGAACCGAGGCAUCAUAUUUGGAGAUCACAGAUAUGAUGGUGAACGAGAACCCUGAGUUAGCCUUAAUGGGAUCUUGUGUCUUAGUUAUGUUGAUGAAAGGAAAGGAUGUUUACUUGAUGAAUGUUGGAGAUAGUAGAGCUGUUUUAGCUCAAAAUCCUGAAUCCGAUCGUUCCAUUUGUAAUUUGGAUCGGAUAAAUGAGGAGAGCUUAAAUAGCAUUGAUUCACUAUAUAGAGUUGAUUCAGACCGAAAACACAAUCUUACUUCUUGUCAACUCACUAUGGAUCAUAGCACAUCAGUUAAAGAGGAAGUUAUUAGGAUUAUAAGUGAGCAUCCUGACGAUGCGUCUGCUAUAAAAAAGAAUAGAGUAAAAGGUUCUUUAAACGUUACUCGAGCUUUCGGAGCAGGCUAUCUCAAACAGCCCAAAUGGAACAAUGCACUUCUAAAGGUUUUCAGAAUAGACUACGUUGGAAAUUCGCCUUAUAUCAACUGUUUACCAUCAGUUUACCACCACAGACUUAGCCCAAGAGAUAGAUUUCUGAUCUUAUCAUCUGAUGGACUUUACCAAUACUUCAACAAUGAAGAAGCAGUUGCUGAAGUUGAGACAUUUAUGUCUAUAUUCCCCGAGGGAGAUCCCGCGCAACAUCUUGUUGAAGAAGUGUUAUUUAGAGCUGCAAAGAAAGCUGGUAUGGAUUUCCAUGAGUUACUUGAUAUACCACAAGGUGAUCGUAGGAAGUACCACGAUGAUGUCUCGAUUAUCAUCAUAUCGUUCGAAGGAAGGAUAUGGAGAUCAUCUGUGUAAAUCAGCAGAAAAGAAUAUACUCAAACUAAUUUUGCUUAUUAACUUUUAUUACUCCAUUUUGGUGGAAGUGUCUAUAGUACACAGCUUAGGCUGCUAUACAAGAUAGAGAGGCUUAGAGGCGGACCCAAGAUUUAACCACAAGAGCGAUGUUGCUAUUGUUGGGUCUCGAUCUUAGGUGAGUAUGCUCAAUGCUAAACCAGCUCAACCAACCAGCUUUCGUGUUUGAGGGGACAAUUAAAAUAUAUAAGGGGUCCUUGGUGUGUAUAUAUAGAGUUUUUAUCGAGGCUAAUGGGUUCUGGUGACCCCUCUACCAUCAACCUAGGUCCAUCGUCCGCCUCUGGUCAGAGGUUGUUGUUUCUUGUUAAGGGGAUUGUAAAGGUGCCAAUGAAAUUGCCCCUAUUUCAUUUCCAAAUAUAAUAGGAUAAUUUGUAACAGAUUGUGCUCUUUGUACAUAUAUUCCUAGUUCUAGGUGUCCAUUACACUGCUACCUCAAUAGACUCGACCAAUUGGUCAAAAUUUAUUUGUUUGUUUCA